AUGCUCAUUGACGGUGAAAAGUGGGCUUGUGAAGCUUGCGUCCGCGGCCACCGUGUGACAACCUGUAAACACAAUGAUCGACCAUUGAUCCGCAUCGCCAGAAAGGGUCGCCCCUUUUCGACCUGCUCUGUAUGCAACUGCACCCCAUGCCAAGCUCCAGAGGAGCACACCAAACUCAGACGUGAGGCAGACACCGUCUUGAUUUUGCAUUUUCUUUGGAAUUUGUCAUUGCCCAUGCAAUACCUUCUCAGGCAGUCGUUCGCUGAUAUGGUCCUUUCUCCGGUUCGGUUUCUCCAGAAAUCUUCCGGUAGACCCUGCCGUCCAAACAGCGCCUUCCAACCCAUCGCGCCCCGUCCUUCGCUUGACUCUGCCACCCCGGCCGCCAGCCACGCUGCGAUCUCACCACCGCUCGCAGGUCCCCCCAGCGCAGCGGGCGCCGUCCCCGCACGACCGGGGCUUUCUCCGCGUCCCCGCAGCUCGACAGACACAGACACCCAGAUGCGUAUGAGCCAGAGUCCCGGAUACACAUCCGGCGACGCCCACGCACAGCGGCAUCCUCAUCCCCAUCCUGGUGCGCGAUCAACCGCACCAGCACUCCCAGUCCCACUCCCAGUAUUCACCACCGCGCCCCCACCCUCGCACUUCCCGCUAACCUGCGGCUCGUUCGCGACUCCCGCCCUCGCGUCCGUGGCUGAUAUCCCCGUCUCGAUGGCGGUGAUGCACGGCGACGCGCACGGCGCCGGGUUCCUGUUCGCGGAUGGCAACGGGUACGCAGGCGACGGGGUCUUCUCGCUGGACGAUCUGGAUGUGGGCGUGGGCGUGGGCGGGGGUGCGAUGAUGCAGCCCGAAUGGGGGGAUCAGUUUUGGCUGGGGGAUGAUUCUGUGUGA